AUGAAUGGCAAGAAUCGUGAUCAAUGGCUUAUAGCCGUGACUGAAGAGCUGGAUGCAAUAAAGUCGAACGACGUGUGGGAGAUAGUCGUGCCUCUAAGAGACGCGCACGUCCUGCACAACAAGUGGGUAUACAAUACAAAGACGGAUGCGAAUGGUGGUAUCGAACGAUACAAGGCUCGUUUGAUUGUAUGCGGAAACGAACAAGUUUUCGGCAUCGACUACAAUUUCACGUUUGCGGCGGUUAUGAAUUUGGCGACCGUCAAGCUGAUUUUGGUGCUCUCCAGAAGAUGGAACGUGCCGGCACGUCAUGGCUAUGUGCCAAAUGCCUACGUAAAGGCAGAAAGCAGGAACACCUGGACCUACACAUGA